AUGGCAGGGAAAGGUAGAGGUGUAGCAGCGUUUACAUUUAAUAUCGAGGCUUUGGGUAUCACCAGAGGAUCCAUGCCUGAGGCUCAGCGUGGGCCACAGCCCCUGUUCCCUCAGAUGGAGUUUAAACCAGUGCCUCUAAAGGCUGGUGAGGAUGAAGACUACAUGUUAGCUUUGAAACAGGAGAUUAGAGGGAGAAUGAAAGGUCUACCUUUCAACAUAAAGCCACACUCGGACAGGAGUGAUGUGGAACGAUAUAAAGAAAAAUAUAUCAGGGAAUGCCAGAAAAUUGAGGAGGAAAAAUGGACACCAGACUGGAACUGUUUUCCAAAGGAGCUAAUGCCCCAGAAGAAGAAGAUAAGAAAGAAAGCUGAUCCUAAGAAAUCCAGAAAGGUUUCGAGCAAAGAUCAGAAGACUUUGCUGUCCAAGCUAGAUGAGCUUGAGAAGAAGGGUGAUAAGUCAGAUGAUGAGAAUGAAAAGGAAGUGAAAAAGGGUGGUGGUGGUGGUGAUGAGGAGGAGGAAGAAGCUGUUGAAGGGGAUGAAUAUGAUGAAGAGGAGCUUGAAGAGGAGAACGACUACAUCGACACGUACUUUGAAGAUGGUGAUGAUUAUGGGGCAGGCAGCGAUGACAAUAUGGAUGAAGCCACAUAUUAAUUUACGAUCCGAGAGGACGCUGGGAUUCAAACAAGAAAAGGAAAAACUUACUGGUGAAGCACUUGAUUUAAUUUAACUAUUAAAAGAAUCCCAUGUAUUCUGUUACCUAC